UAUCAUACAAUGUUUGAUUAUCGACACAGUUUAAAAUGGGUCAGAUUUUUGUCGCAAUUUAAAAUACCAAGAUCGGAUUGUCUAUCGUACGGUCCUCCGAGAAGAGUCUACGACCCAAAGGUUUGUGCGAUUCAGGACAAAGGUCUGGUUCUCGGUGUGUAUUUUAAUGAGAACGUGAAAGACGAAGGCGCAAUAUUAACGGCAAGUGCACAAAAAUAUGACGAACAAUGUGGCGGUAAACUUUGGAAACAAUUAAAAUUAACUCCGAUACCACGGCUCGGAGAGUACCGAAUAUUCUAUGAUUUAGACAGCACCUACGGUUUCGUAGCAGUCGCAGGCCUUGGAACUGAAUGCUUGACAUUUAACAACCUUGAACAAUUAGACGAAAGCAAAGAAGCUAUUCGCAUAGCAGCGGGAAUCGGAGCACAGGCGCUUCAAAAGUUUAAACCCUCUCUGAUUCACGUAGAAUCCUUUGGAAACGCUGAGGCUGCUGCAGAAGGCGCAACACUGUCUACUUGGAAAUUUCAGGAAUAUAAAAAUCCUACCAGUAAGGAAAUUGUUCAUCCAGCUAAAAUGGCACUGUACGACGACUGUGAUUUUCAUGGGUGGAAAAUUGGAACCUUAAAGGCGCAAUCUCAAAAUUUAGCUAGGUUUCUUCAAGAAAUGCCCCCUAACCACCUAAACCCGACGUCGUUCGCUAAAAUAGCUGUCGAAUUGCUUUGCGAAUUGAACAUAAAUGUUGAAGUUAAAACGCAAGGAUGGGCGGCCAGUCACGAAAUGGGUGGAUUUGUUACAAUCGGUAAAUCCUCAAUUCAGCCACCGCUUUACGUUGAAAUAAGUUACUUCGGUGCAGACGAGCGCACGAGACCCAUCGUGAUGAUAGGGAAAGGUGUCACUUUUGAUAGUGGCAGUCUAGACCUUAAGCCUUUGAAGGAAUUAAGAUAUAUGAAGGGUGAUAUGGCGGGAGCCGCGUGCGUCGUAGCAAUAACCCGAGCGGCAGCUAUCCUUAAAUUGCCAAUAAACAUUCGAGGCAUUCUACCACUAUGCGAACUAAUGCCAAGUGGAAGAAGUCCUAAAUUCGGAGACAUAGUAUCGUGCGCUCACGGAAAAUCGAUUCAUAUAAGGAUGCCGUCGAGAGAAGGACGACUCUUAAUUGCAGAUAGCUUAGUGCAUGCUAGGAAUUACUGGCCAAAGGCCAUUCUUGACAUAGGAACAAUGUCAAAAGAGCUAAUAUACUCACUGGGAGGUGCGGCCUGCGGUUGCUAUACAAACUCGGAGGAGUUGUUCUGUUACGUCAGAGCUGCCAGCAGUCAAACUGGAGAUAGAAUCUGGAGACUGCCCUUGUGGAAGUACUACGAAGAACGGAUAAAAGACUGCGAAACUGCAGAUGUAGCUAACGCAUCUCACGAUGAAUACGGCGAUUCGCCAAACUGCGCUGCUUUCUUGAAACAGUUCGUUUGUGACAGCAAGUGGUUACACUUCGACACGUACAAUGUUGCCUACACGAAGGGUCACGACUUUCCCUACCUUCACAGAGGGAUGACCGGCAGACCCACGAGGACAGUCAUAGAAAUGAUGUUCCAACUAUUAGGAGAUUCUAAAUUGUGAUAUGUAUUCAUUUUCUAACUUUUUAUUGUUCUGUGACAUUGUUUAAUCUUUUUAUACAGCAUAUUUUCGAAACGAAUAUAUUGUAUUUGCCGUAUUAUAAUAAAAAUGCUAACAUAGA